GAAGAAGCAGCUCACAUACGUCAUCAGGCCGCGUCGCUGUAAACAGACACGUUUUCUCUACUUUCUGGUGACAUGUCGGUGUUUCACGACGAGGUGGAGAUCGAGGACUUUGAGUAUGACGAGGACACGGAGACGUACUCCUUCCCCUGUCCCUGCGGGGACAGGUUCACCAUCAGCAGAGAGGACCUGGAGAACGGGGAGGAGGUGGCGACGUGUCCGAGCUGCUCACUCGUCGUUAAAGUGAUUUACGAUCAGGAGUUGUUCAUGUCUGGAGAAAUCAUCGAAGCAUCGUCGUCAACAGAAACCAAACUGGAGCUGGUUCAGUCCUGAGCCCCCAAGCCUCCCCCACCAUCAUCACCAUCACCAUCACUACCAUCAUCAUCAUGGACUGUUCCUUUAAAUCCACUCUAUUUAUGCAGCUUAUUUCUGUGGUUUUAGCAGAUUUUCUCACUCGUUUACCCACUAAAUACAAAUACAUUUCCUCCAGUUCCAUACACACACACCACAUAGAAACCUUUGUGUCUGAAGGAAGCUUCAUUUGAAAAGGUGGUGCGUUCACAUGCUGCUCUUGUGUUUGUCCUUUAAUAGUCUGAAAAAAAGUCAGAAGAAAAAGGUGUAAAUAUAAGAAUAUUAACUUAUACUGUGUUUAUUUUAACAGAAAUAAAAUAUAAAACAGCGUGUUCUAUUUUUAUUUAUUCAGAGUCAGAUUUCAAUGAUGGAAAUGAUAUUUGAUCUGGCUGACUGCAUUCAUUCAUCUCAUGUGAUAAGAUUUUCAAUCACUUAAUAUCAAUCACACAAAAUAGUCUGAUCGUUACAGUUAGCAUCCUCCAAAACAUUAUGUCAUCAACAGUGGGUGGUUUUCAUUAACCGUCCUCCUUUAAGUCUCUUUCAUCAGAGGAAGACUUUCCUGUUUCUUUCUUGUUACAUUAAAAGGCUGCAACAUAAAUGGGAGACCAAAGUCAUAAAUAAGCACAUUUACUGAAAGAAUAUCAUUUAACCAAAGCAAACG